UGGAGGAACGUCACAUCAUCAUCAGCAGUCGUCCUGGUGGGACUGCUGUGCCGCUCUGCUUUGCUUGCAGUCUUCUAUAGCACCUCUUGUUUUCGUGUGUGAGCGUGUGAGAGAGAGAACCACCGCUUGAACACUUUACACGACUGGAGAAAUUCACGGAGAAAUUGGCCUGUGGGUUUCGUGGGGACAGCGACAGAUAAGUUGUGGACGAAUGAAUAGACAUGAUUGUGGGCGGAGAGGAGAGGCUGCCCGGCUGUCUUUACUUCCAACCAGCGUUAAAGCUACUUUGAUGCAACCGCUUAGCUAACAAGCUAACUGGGAAUGUUUUCAGAAACUAGCCAGGUGGUUAGCUUGCUAGCUAGCUAAGUCGGCUGUAGAAAUUCGCUGUAUACAUUUAGCAAACAGUCAUAAUGUUACUUUUAUUUCUCUAUGCCUUUAAUGAGAGAAUUGCGACAGCGUUAAGGACUGUAUGUUGAAUGUUUAGGGCUCUAGUGCCCACUUGGUAGCUAAUUUAAAGCAGGGACAAUAGUUCACUGUCCAGGCAACAAGUCUGGUACAGACAGCUGCUAAACAGCGUCAAGUUAUACUUAUUUUAUGCAGUGUUGUUAUUAGUUACUGGUUACCUAGAGAGUAAUACUCUUUGUUAAAAUGAACGAUUAGGGCAAAGUAAAUGUAGCUUUAUACAAAGGAAAGUCGGGUGCUUCUUUAGAUGCCCAGAUUGUCCAGUGGAUCGGGUCACUCUGUUGUAUAGGAGAACCUGUUGUCAGUUAAUCGAUACAACUAUUGACGAGGAGACGAGGUGGAUGAACAUUAAAAAUCGCCCACAUGCGUUGGAUCAGUUCCCGGACUUGUGAAAGGCAUCUGAAGCAGAAGGUGGGAGACGUGAGCGCACAACCCUUGCAGCCCGGGGGAAGAUGGCGGAGCGUUCCCGCAGGAGGUGGUGAAACCAAAACUUGGGGACUUCUUGGAUUUAUCGCCCGACAUCUUAUCUCAGAUCGCAGGACACAUGCAGGCCAAAAAACGGUACUUAAUUCUGUUCUCCGCCGGUGCGUGUUUCAUCUUGCUGUUUUGUUUUGGGGGUAUACAAGUCCCGCUAUCCAGACGGGGACCCAGCCGGCGUGAUGACCGCAGCCUCAACGGAUAUCACCCCGCGGCUCGGUGGCGUCGCUUCCCGGGGUACCUGCAGCCUUUCAGCUCCUGGGAGAAAGACCGGAGCGAUGAUCACAAUGAACACAUAUCUCCUAGACAGAAGAGGGACGCUAACUCGGGCGUUUACAUUGGAAAACGCUGCAGAAUGGAGUCCUGUUUUGAUUUCUCCUUGUGUGAGAAAAAUGGAUUUAAAGUUUAUGUCUACCCCCAACAGAAAGGGGAAAAGAUGUCAGAGAGUUAUCAGAACAUCUUGUCCUCUAUUGAGGGGUCCAGGUUCUAUACACCUGACCCAGGACAGGCAUGCCUGUUCGUCCUGAGUCUGGACACACUGGACCGGGACCAGCUUUCACCCCAGUAUGUGCACAACCUGAAAACAAAAAUCCAGAGCCUUCCUCUGUGGAAUGGGGGCAAAAACCACAUCAUCUUCAACUUAUACUCCGGUACCUGGCCAGACUACACAGAAGACCUCGGCUUUGACAUUGGCCUUGCCAUGUUGGCUAAAGCCAGCAUCAGCACCGAGAACUUUCGGCCUAACUUUGACGUCUCCAUUCCUCUUUUCUCUAAAGAUCAUCCAAGGACAGGAGGGGAAAGAGGCUACCUGAAACAUAACACCAUUCCCCCUUAUAGGAAGUACAUGCUUGUUUUUAAGGGGAAGAGGUACCUAACUGGAAUAGGUUCAGACACUAGGAAUGCUUUAUAUCAUGUUCAUAACGCAGAAGAUGUGGUUCUCCUCACCACUUGUAAGCAUGGGAAGGACUGGCAAAAGCACAAGGAUGCACGCUGUGAUAAAGACAAUGCAGAAUAUGACAAGUAUGACUACAGAGAGAUGCUGUACAACUCCACAUUUUGUCUGGUACCUCGAGGACGAAGGCUGGGUUCUUUUCGCUUCUUGGAGGCUUUGCAGGCGGCUUGUGUGCCUGUGAUGCUAAGCAAUGGCUGGGAGCUUCCCUUCUCUGAGAUCAUUGACUGGAAUACGGCAGCUGUGAUUGGGGAUGAAAGGCUGCUAUUACAGAUCCCCUCAACAGUGCGCUCCAUCCACCAGGAUAAGAUCCUGUCCCUGAGACAGCAGACCCAGUUCCUAUGGGAGGCUUACUUCAACUCUGUGGAGAAGAUAGUACUCACCACACUGGAGAUCAUCCAGGACCGGGUUCUGCAGCACACCUCAAGAAGCAACCUCAUGUGGAACAGUCUCCCUGGAGGACUUUUCACCCUGCCUCAGUACUCUACAUACCUGGGGGACUUCCCCUUCUAUUACGCUAAGCUGGGUAUCAAGCCAUACUCCAAGUUUACAGCGAUCAUUCAUGUGGUGACGCCACUUGUCUCCCAGUCUCAGCCAGUCAUGAAGCUACUUGUGGCUGUGGCCAAAUCCCAGUACUGUGCCCAGGUGAUAGUUCUGUGGAAUUGUGACAAGCCUCUUCCUGCCAAGCACCGCUGGCCUGCCACCUCAGUCCCUGUCAUUGUCAUAGAAGGGGAAAGCAAGGUGAUAAGCAGUCGUUUUCUGCCCUACGAUACCAUCCCCACUGAUGCUGUGUUCAGUCUGGAUGAGGACACCGUGCUCUCCACCACAGAGGUGGACUUUGCCUUCACAGUGUGGCAGAGUUUCCCAGACCGCAUCGUUGGUUACCCAGCCCGCAGCCACUUCUGGGACAGCAACAAGGAGCGUUGGGGCUACACUUCCAAGUGGACCAACGAUUACUCAAUGGUGCUGACUGGGGCUGCCAUCUAUCACAAAUUCUACCACUACUUGUACACCACUUACCUUCCAGUCAGUCUGAAGACUAUGGUUGACCAGAUGUCAAACUGCGAGGAUAUUCUGAUGAAUUUUCUGGUGUCAUCAGUCUCUAAACUACCACCCAUCAAGGUCACCCAGAAGAAACAAUAUAAGGAGACCAUGAUGGGACAGAGCUCCCGGGCAUCUCGUUGGGCUGAUCCGGACCAUUUUGCCCAGCGUCAGACCUGCAUGAACAAGUUUGCCAGCUGGUUUGGCACCAUGCCCCUGAUCCAUUCUCAGAUGAGGCUGGACCCAGUCCUGUUCAAAGACCAGGUGUCCAUACUGCGGAAGAAGUACAGGGAUAUCGAGAGACUAUAACCCUCCAGAGCCCCCCCGCUCUCUGGACACAAUAAAGAAAGAGCGAGGGGGCGGACACAUAGAGAAACGCAGAGCCUCUCCAUGAUUGCAUGGAUGGAUCAAUGGAGAAGCAAAUGGAAUUGGGUACAGGGGGAGGGGAGGAAAAGAAACUAAACAGAUGUGGAGAACAGCACAUCCAUCGGUCUCCUCUGUUAUGUCCUUUGUACUUCCUCCAUUUCUCCUUUCUACCCUUUCUCUUAUGUGUAUUGGGGGAUAGCUGAGCAUACAGGUCCCACUACCAACAACUGAAGGACACCUGCGGACUUCAAAGUGCUCGACUUUGAACUAAAGUGGUGAUAUUCAUGGAGUUGGAAAUCACAGCUUGCUGCUUCAGUGUCCCAACAGUGGCAAACCACCCCCAACUCCAUCCCUCUGAGAGAGACUGUCUGUUCUGCUCUGUACACUAUGCACAGGUUCCUGAAAGUUUUUGCUGACAGAAUAUUAUUGAUAAUUAUGACUAUGAAGAGGAUAACACUAUUUUAGAUUGUGUUUAGCUAUUUUUUUUAUACAGUGAAUGAAUGGCCAGCACUACUCCCUCUGUAUUGUCUUAAUUAAAACCAAUCACAGGGUGGGUGAAAAGAGGAAUGACAACCCCUCAACCAUCAUUGAUCCAAUGUUCACAGUGCCUCAAGUUUUAAGGGUGUUGGGAUGUGGGAGUCUGAGACAAAGGCAGAAUAAGCAUCUGGAUCUAGCUGCUUUCUGUUUUGUUUUGUUUCAUGGUUUGUGAUUUUCUUUAUAAUUGAUGAAAUUAUGGAUCUUGUAGUAAAUUCUUCAGGUCAGCAUUCACAUUUUUUCUUUGCUGAAAUAUAAUGAAAAUGUAUUUUUAUUCAAUUGAUCAAACUAAAUUGUCAUUAUGUGCCAUUCUGAACUUCUUGUUCCUGGUAAAACUACAACAGUCUUACACAACUAGUUCGAUUUUACAAAAUCUACUAUGUAGAAAUAGAUAUCCACAAAUGCAGAAAAAUUUAAGUGGCAUUCUCUAGUUUUAUUUUAGCCAGAAAUCUUCACGUCUCUUUUUUUUCAUCUGUAAAAGCUCAUUUGCCAAGUUAGAAUCUGUACUUGAAUACCUGCUGGCCUGAAGAACAAUAUAGGAUCAUACAAGUUGCCUUGGUUAAGGGAGACUGAUCUUGUCAUUUGAGCCAGCCAAUGGUCUGUACAAAACACAAACCACUGUGAAAGCCAGGGAGUGGAUCUUUUUGGGCUUGUUUAGCAAGGGAUAUUUAUAUACAGUUGUUAUCUCAUAGACCCAAUUUCAUUUUGUCCGGUGACAAGUUUGGCAGUAGCCCAGGCUGACAAGUACUUGUCUCAGAGCAUCAAACAGUGUUUGUUGCUGUCAGAGUAAGAGCUGGCAUCAUACUUAGUAGACUACUGUAUUUUUUCCCACUUGUUAAAAACAAACAUGACCAGAUUCUCACCAAGCAUCCUGAUCCUGUCAAAAGGCAUAGGGAAGAAAUUUGCCCCCUUGGGGAGAUAUGCUCUCUUAAGUAAUUAUUCUUAUUUGUUGUAUUUCUUUAACAUGAAUACAUGUAAUUAGAAGCCUUUCAAUUUCCAGUAUAUUUGCAGAAUGCCCAUUUGUAUCUCCGAUGAUCACAGAUUUUAACAGCCAUUCAUUUCUGAGAGAUUCAGAUUGGCAGUGUGCUAUUGUGCUUGGGCCACAUUGAAGAAGCAAAAUGCAAAGCAGGAUGUUUAGAAAUAUGUUCCAUAUUCAAUAUGUCUCAUAAAUUACAUCUUUAUCAUUUUCUUUAAUCAAAAUCUGUUCAUUGACUGCCAAGUGUCAGGAGGAACAUGAAAUUGGGUUUUUGCAGAUGGAGCAAUCUUUAUCUGGAAAUGUUAAUGUAAUUUGAUGAACCUCAAAUAUGUACGUGUGUUUUUAAAUCACUGUGCAUCAAUGAGUUAAAGUUAAUCUGUCCUUGAAGUGUCCCUGUAAAGCCAGCAUUUCUGUAAGAAAUCUAGAAAUCUAACCACACCUGCCCUGAGUACUCCUUCAGUAGCUUCAGCUUCAUUUUUGUGCAAGAUAAAAACAAUCAUUCUGGUGAGCUUCACAGUCCUUCAAAGACCCCAGUAUGUGCCAAUAGAUCAUUUGUGGUUUUGUUUUGUUUUUUGUUUUUUUUGUUGUUGUUUUUUUUUUUUCAUCUGAUAUGAGGAAUGCCAUGCAUUCACAUAUUUAUUUGGUUCAUUAAAGUAUUUUCUGUUUAUCUAAGAAAGUAAGAAAGUGUGUGAGGAAGAGAGGGGAGAAGGAAGGGAACAGUAUAUGUGUGAGAGACUGAGAAAUCAGCAGAGAAGGGCACUGCAUGGUGUUUUUCACUUCUGAGAAUGUGCUAUCCGAUUGACAGCAAAUAAACAAUCCUAGUAUUACUAAACACAGUGCUAUCAAGAAAACGGAAUAUGGUCGUAAACGGAAAUGAACUCGGUGCAAUAUCUAAGAUGACAUUUUCUUUAUCUUUUUCUUUUUUCUUCCCUUGUGUUGUUGUUUCAGAGGGCAGGGAGUUACAUAUUGAUGUGCCUUCCGAAAAAAGACACAAUUCUUUCCCAUCUGCCUUGUGCAUCAAACAGGUCCCUGUUUUCAUUUCAUCAUUGUUUUUUUUUUUUUUUUUUUUUUUGGUCAAUAUCCAGUAACAUGUAAUGGCUCCUUAAAUGAUGUUGUGUAACACUGGAAUACCACUAAGACGUAUCACCACCUCUGAUACUGACAUUCCUGCCUUCUCUGUUAUUGGAACAUUUUUUCAAGGUCUUGUUAGACUCUUACUGACACAUGCACUGCCUUGUAUUGUUAUACUUACAUGGGCCCCAGCAGCCCCCUCUUCCUGGGUGUCACAAGUAUAAUAAUACAUGUAAUGCACAUAUUAUUCUCACACACACAUGCACAGUAUUUAUCAGACUGGAUUGUGUCUCAAAUAAAUAUCUGCCUGCUUCCUUCAUCCUCUUCUGUAACUUCAGACCUAAUUUUAUAGAUAUUGAAAAUGGAAAGAUAGGAAAAAAAAUCACAGUUUUGUAAAAGAAUUUUAUAAAAACAAAACAAAAAAAUCAACAAAUAAAAUGUUUGAUAUAAA